UUUACGUUGCCUUGGAGAUCUAAAGAAAAUGAUACAUAAGUUCUCUAACUUACCUGCCAACUAUGGGAUGUGGGGGUAAAAUAAAUGAGGCUAUUUUGUUUUUCUUUUAUCACAUUUAUCAGAUAAAAUAUGUUCUGUAUUGUUGAGGUUAUCCCUUGCUAAGUACAUUGUUUUUGUAAUUUCAGGCUGUAUUACAAUGUCGUCAAAUGGAAAUGAAGGAAACAAAGAUAACGUCUCUGAUAGUGUAUCUGGACCUGCAGGCCAGAAGGGUGUUUAUUUUAAAAUUCAACUGAAUGAACUUUGGCAGGAUGAGGUUUUCACUGAUGUUACAUUGGAAGUUGAAGGGAAACAAUUCAAUUGCCAUAAAAUCAUCUUAGCUGCUAACUCACCAUACUUCCGUUCAUUAUUGACAAAUGGAAUGGCUGAAACCACAAAGAAAUCCAUUGAGCUGAAAGAUGUUUCAAGUACCACAAUGGAACAUAUUUUACGAUUCAUUUACCAUGACUUUAAGGAUAUCAGUGACAUAGGGAAUACUAACCUUAGUGUCAAGCAGGCACUUGAAGCUCUGAAAGCUGUUGAUAUGUUCCAGAUAGAAAAUGGAAUGAAGGACAUUUUGGCUGAUUAUCUCAUGUUGAACAUAGCAGAUGACAAUUGCCUUGAAAUUGCCCAGACAGCUCAAUGUAUAGGCCAACCUAAGCUAGCCGAAACAGCAAAUGAAUAUGCGUUGCACCACUUUGAUGAUGUAUGGAAGACGGAUGGAUUAUUGGAACUUGAAAAAAACUGUCUUGUCAGUUACCUUGGAGAUGACAGGCUAGUUGUCACUGAUGAAGAAAAUGUUUUUUAUGCUGUUGAUCGCUGGAUGUCCAAGGCUGAAGAGCGAGAGGAGUAUGUCUUGGAGCUGUUUGAUUGUGUCAGGUUUUGUUUCAUAAAGUCUAAAGUCUUAACUGAUGACAUCUACACACACGCAUUGACCAAUCCAUUCCCAUGUCUGAAUAACUAUAUCAUUGCUGCAUUUCGUCACCAAACCACUCCAUGUUACCAGCAUGAAGAGCAUUAUUACAGAUGCAAACCAAGAAAUUGUGAGACAAUCCUUUUUUCAUCAAGAAUUUCUUUACCCUUCCUUAAUAGAAAUAACAAUGAUGAUAUUUCUAUCAACUUUAUCAGAGAAGUUUUAUCCAAAGAGCAAACAUUUAAGAUGACAUGGACAAUACCUGAACAUACAUAUGAUGAAGAUUUACUUGACUCUGAAGUCUGUUUAGUUGGACACAACAUUUACAGAUAUGAAACUCAUCAGUUUCUUUACCGAUACACGUACAAGGAAGUCGACAAUGGGAAUUAUACAAGGACAACCUGGACUAACUGUGCCAGUCCUCCAAAUGCUGCAUUCUGGCAAGGAUUCACAUUUACAUUAUGUGGAGACUACAUGUAUUUGAUUGGUGGAGGGGAGCCAGAUGGGACUGUAAGUUCUCGGAUAGACAUGUACGAUUGGAGAAAUGAUACCUGGAAAGAACCCCAAGAAGCUACUACUGCUUUGAUCCAUCCAGUAUAUGGACAUUUGACUGUUGCUGCAAAAGGAUUCUUGUACAUUAUUGGUGGUUGCACUGUGGAUAAAAGUAGUUGCCGUUUUCUCCAAAUAUAUAACAGUAGGAAUGGCAACAUAUCAAUGGGACCAAAAUUGCCAGAAUAUCCUCCCAAAAUGGAGGAAAGGAUUGCCCAUCAUGGUAUCCGUGGAGUGUGUUACAAUGAGGAAGUUUACUGCUUUUGGCCAUUAUGUAAAACAAUUUCAAAAUAUAGUCCACAAUCAAGCCAAUGGACUACUUUCUGCCACAAAGAAAUUCCAGUUCUCGCAGCCCCAACCUUACUGGUGAAAAGCAGCAAAAUAUUGGUAUUUGGAGGUUUAAAAGCUUCCAGGACAGGAAAUAAAAAGGUGUUUGAAUUCGACCCCGAGUCUGGUUCAGUAGAGAUGGUGACUUCAUUUGACUCGCCUCUCUGCUUUGGUGAUCUCUCUAAUCUUGUUAAGAAUGAACAUUUAAAGUGGCUGUAAAGAACACUUGGAUAAUUCAUUGCAUGUCCACAUUAAGUAGUGACUAUUCAUUCCAGUAAAGCUUCAUGAGUUGAAAUAUUUAGAAAGGAUAAAAUCUCCAUUAAUCCAUAUUUCUUUGUAUUUUACUUAACUUAAAAAAGAGAAGUGAGACUACUGAUCCCAACACUUAGUCAAACUCAACUCAAACUUAGUUACUCAAUGGAAUAUUUUUUGUGAUUUAUUUAUGAUGAUGUCAAGGAUAACAGUGACAAGGGUUACUAGCCUAAUGCCUGGGCCACAUUUGCCCCGAUCCAUCAGCUGGCGGCCGGCCGAUUGAGUGUUUUGUUCAAUAUCGUAUUCAAUUUUGAACAAAAUACUCAAUCGCUCGGGCGCCGUCGUGAAAAUCUGAGCAAAUGUGACCAAGGCAUAAG